AUGAGUUCGAACUCGAAUAAUCAGGGGUGGGUAUGGCUCUCUAUCAGUACUUGGUUAUGCUUGAGCAUGAGCCUCGUGUUAUUGAACAAAUGGAUUUUGUAUAGCCUCGAAUUCUGUGAGUACCACCUCGCCAACUUUUAUGAAACGCUCAGCUCAUUAUUCUCAGACUACCCGGCCUUUCUUGCAACAAGUCAUUUGAUGUUCAACACAAUAUGCUCUCAGCUCAUCGUGCUCACUGGAGGCCAUGUUACCAAGAACACCAAGACGUACAUUGGCAUCAUGAAACAUCUUAAAUUGUUUGCUCCCGUUGCCGCCCUCAUGACAUUCAGCAUUAUAUGCGGAAACAUGGCAUAUAUUCAACUUAGUGUAGCGUUUAUUCAGAUGCUCAAAGCGUUCUCCCCUGUGGCAGUGUACAUCAUUUCUUGUAUAUCUGGUGCUGCUGCCCUGAACGCUGCCAAGUGCCUUGAUAUUGCGUUGAUAUCAGGCGGUGUUGUGAUAGCAACGUAUGGCUGGAGUGAGCCAUCUGCCGUGGGAACUCUACUACAGAUUGUCGCCGUGAUUGCGGAUGCAGUACGUCUUGUCUUGAUGCAACGGAUUUUGAGCACAUAUGACAUGAACCUCGAGGCGUUUGAGAUGCUCUACUACUUGGCGCCGUUAUCUACAUUGACAGGGUUGCUUGCAUCUUUGGGUCUCCCUUUCCCAAGCAUAUCUGAAAUACAGGGAGCGUGGAUAUACGUAAUGGGAAGUUGCGUUCUAUCUUUCUGUCUAAACAUGAUCGGGUUCUCUGUGAUUAAAAAGACAUCAUCUCUUACUCUUAGCGUGUGCGGCAUCCUGAAGGAUAUUGGCCUCAUUGUUUUAUCCUUAGUAUUGUGGAAAGAUGAAAUCACUGUGGUAUCAUGUGUUGGUUACGGCACUACACUUCUUGGCAUCAUGCAUUAUCGUCAUUCUGGGCGUAGUGAGGAACGCUCUCCGCGACUUGGCAGAUAA